AUGCAGCAUGAUGUGGCUUCUCUAAAACUGGAAUGUCUACUCUCCAACUCAGCACCUAAGAUCGUCGCACUCCACCUCCCCCCCCACUCCCCACUCUCCCCCCCACUUCCUACGCCCACUCCCCCACUCCCACCCCUGGAUGUUCUAAACGAGACCACGAGAGAGGCCCCGAAAUCGGCGGGAUAUGACGGUCGAGGACGUGAGCAUCGAAAACCAGUGCAAUAA